GGGACAUUAGCGGAGUGCAGUUUGUCCCAUUUCUAGCAGACCAGGUUCAUCCAGUCAGGCAAGAUGGUCUUCAUCCUGGGCGUGAACUUCCCUGAGCGGAACCUCGUCAAGAAAUCGCUCCAGUCCUUUUUCGGUAUUGGCAACAAUGCCUCUUCACGCCUUCUAGCCCGCUUCCACAUCCACCCCACAUGCAAAGUCGGCGAACUGGCAAACAAGCAGGUCCUCGACAUCACGGCUGCUUUGUCCGAGAUGAAAAUCGAGAACGACCUUCGCAGACAAUACCUGGAUGAUAUCAAACGCUUGAAGGAGACGGGUACAUACCGGGGUAGACGACAUGCAUUGGGACUCCCAGUUCGUGGACAGAGGACGAGAACUCAGAUCAAAACUGCUGUCAAGCUCAAUCGUAUGGAAAGAAGGCUCUGAGCUCACUACACCGACUAUUUGUACUUUGUUGGACCUCGCGAUCUUUAUGUGGGGGGCAUGGCAUGGCGUUUAUCUUUAAUUUCUUGUAAUUGAGUAUCGGAUACAGUUCAAAAACUCAUGAGAUGUACUAUAUCUAGAGAAGGAAUAUGCAGCC